AGCACAACUUCACAAUACCAAUAGCUCAGAACAAGCAACCAUGAACUUACUUAUAUUCUAUCAUGUCGUCCUCAUUUUUACCGCAAUUUCCGCCGGGAAAAUUGACCCAUUACUGAAGGAAGCUGUCGACAACAAUGUAGAAACCGAAGCAAUCGUCGAAUUUCCCAAUAUCCAAAAUCAGAUUUCUGGCCUUGAGUCCAUGUCCGGUGACGCCAAGAUGAACCACCUGGUCGCAUCGUUGAAAGCACUCACCUCCACAACGCAAGCGCCGGUCGUCACUGCGGCCGAUUCUCUGAACCUGACUACACAGCAAUUCUGGAUAGCAAACAUUGUACAGGUGAAGGGUCUAACACCAGAAAAACUGAUCGACUUGGCUUCCAUCGAAGGGGACUUCAUAAUCCGACCGCAACAUAAGUUGUCACUCCCCCCUAUGAGUCAAGAACCUGUAGCAAACAUUACUAACACAGUGCAAUGGGGAGUGGAAAGAAUUAGAGCACCCGAAAUUUGGAAGUAUACCAAAGGUGAAGGCAUUGUGGUUGGAAUUAUCGAUAGUGGGGUCAAUUUGGGUCACAUUUCUCUCACCGAGUCAUUCACCGGACAAUGGCUUGACCCACACUAUUCAACGGAAAAGCCUACUGAUGUACUUGGGCAUGGUACCCACGUUGCAGGAAUCAUUCUCGGCCGCCAUGGAGUUGGAGUAGCGCCUAACGCUAGAUGGAUGGCCUGUCGAGGUAUUUCAGAUUAUGGCCAGGCUAAUGAAUCGACUUUUACACAGUGCGCCGAGUUCAUGCUGACGUCAAACCCGAGACCGAAUAUUGUCUCAAAUUCGUGGGGUAUUGCUGGCGGGAUUCCGUGGUUCGACUCACAAAUUAGCGCGUGGCGUCAUGCCGGAAUUAUCCCAGUCUUUUGCGAGCGGUAACGAUGGCCCAGCUUGUCAGACUGUCGGAUCUCCAGGUGAUAACCGUCAUGUGAUUGCUGUCGGCUCGACAGACGAAACUGAUGAAGUAUCUUGGUUUUCAUCUCGCGGGCCGAGUUAUCAAUAUAAUCUGAAACCAGAACUGUCUGCGCCGGGUAAUAACAUUGUUUCGUGCGGGACGGGGACGUAUAACUUUGUCAGUAUGUCGGGAACGUCAAUGGCAGCCCCACACGUCGCCGGUGCAAUUGCUCUCCUCCUCUCUGCCAAUCCGUUGUUAGGAUUUGGUGACGUGUAUCGCGCACUAACUACCUAUGUAUACCAGCCACGCCUUGCAUCUGGCGACAAGAAUUGUGGACUCCCAACUGGCGCCGACUUUCCUAACAAUGCUUAUGGUUACGGUAUAAUUGAUGUCGCAGCUGCUUUCAGCUAUGGCAGGGCAAAUAGGCCACCAACUGCGAAUUAAUUCUUCUCUUUUUAUUGAAGACAAUAAACUGGACAGAUAUCUACUGUAAUUUUAUAUCCUUUAUAAUAUCCUGUGAUGGAAAUGCGUUCCAAAAAAAAACAAUUAUGAAUUUUAUUUUAAUCAAAAA